UUUGAUGUCGUUGUUGUUAAGAUCGUAUGGAACCAUUUCCGGUGGACGAUGUUCCUUCCUCGUUUGUUUGGUUUCUGCAUCGUGUGCUAGGGCUGCUUUAUUUACCCUGUUCUGUUGAUUUCCCUUUGAUAUUGAUCUUGGCAUGUUUUAGUAGCGGAGAGGUCGUGCAGAACCGUAGGGUGAUGGAUAUUCUUGGAUCGGAUUUGGAAUUGCUUAAUUAAUCGAAAAGUAGGGUUCAAGAUUGUGGGGUUAUGAAUCCUAGAUGAUCUGCCUCUUCGAUUUGUUUGAUUUUGUUGAGAUGGAAGGCGUUUGUUUAUAUUAUAGAUUUAGGGAUUGUGCUAGCCCCAACAUAUUCCUCUUGGGGCGACCCUUUCCCCCUUCGAAAGUCAACGCCUUGUUCGAUUCCUAUCCUUUACUCUGGACUGGCCUUCCACUACUAGUUCCCCUCGGUUAUGUCUUCUUCUUCGACCGCAAAAUUGCAAAGGCUUAAUCCCCCAAUAUCGCGAUGUCGAUCGAUUCUCACCAAAAAGAUCUGAUCUUUGCGCCUCCUUAUCGUUCAAAGAUGAAUGAGUCGCAAGUAAAGAGUCCCCACCUAACAAGUUUGGUACGAACACGUGUCCCACUUUGCGUGACCAAACUCGAUUUCGCAUAGCACCACCCGCAGAACGCGUCCAUUGCGCGUGGUCAAAGCAAAGCACGCGAGCGUUAUCUCCGUGUUGUUUAUCUAGUGGAAUCGUCCUCUCUCCGAUCUGUCUAUAUAUUUGAUUAGAAGUAUCACUACGACAUACAUCACAGCGAGAGGGCUCAUCAUCUGCCAUCUUCAUUGAAGAGAAAAUGGGAGGGGGAAAGGAUAAGCAUGAUGAAUCUGAUAAAGGAUUGUUUUCAAACUUAGCUCAUGGGCUUGCUGGACAUGGACAACAUGGGGGGUAUCCUCCAUACCCUGGGGCGUACCCACCACCCGGGGCAUACCCUCCACAAGGAUAUCCUCCCGCACCCGGUGCAUAUCCUCCGCAUGGACAUCCUUCUCAGGGAUAUCCCCCUCAAGGCUAUCCACCAUCAGGGUAUCCUGGAUAUCCUCCAUCAGGCGGAUACCCACCUUCGGGAUAUCCACCUGCUGCUUAUCCUGGUCCAUCGGCUCCGUCACAUCAUGGGCAUGGAUCUAACAUGGGAGCGAUGCUGGCGGGGGGAGCUGCAGCUGCUGCGGCAGCUUACGGGGUUCACCAAUUGUCUCACGGCCAUCAUCAGAUGGGACAUGGAAUGCACCAUGGCUUGGGCCACCAUGGCAAGUUCAAGCACCAUGGCUUUGGCCACCAUGGCAAGUUCAAGCACCAUGGCAAGUUCAAGCAUGGAAAAUUUGGCAAGCACGGCAUGUUUGGUGGGAAACACGGCAUGUUUGGUGGCAAGUUCAAGAAGUGGAAGUGAUCCGUGAUUGCCUGAAUCCGUAUCAAUAUCUCGCUAUUGUUUUUAUUUUCUUGCUCUAAAUUCUGUCUUAUAUGCGUCACUCUCGUUUGUGAUAUGACUGUGUUGGGGAUGUGUUAUCGGCCUUAGGACAUUUUAAUCUGACAUUUGUCUUGUACCUCCUGGUAUUUAUUAUUGGUGCCCAAUGAUGCUGUUCA